AUGGCCUCCGCCUCUCGCGAUGGCGCCCGCUUCAAGCCACUCCCCUUGGGACCCUCAGGGCCGGGCUCUAGCUCCUCGAGGUCGUCCUUUGACUCAACGUCCGAUCCCAACGAUGCCGACGACGAAGCUUUCGCACUUCUAUCCGACGAGGAUGCCGUAUCUCUUCUUUCGGAUGACAUCGAGCUCGAAGAAAUCUCCACAGCCGGGCCAUCCGCCGGCUCGGGCUCUCGUCCGGCCAAGUCCCGGUCAGAGAUGGAUCAACGGUUCCAGGAUGCCAUCAACGCCGAGCGGAACAUGACGCCGCGAGAUGCCAUCCGCGCCUACCCGAUGGCCGUAUUCUGGAGUCUCGUCGUGUCUCUAUGUGUGAUCAUGGAAGGCUACGACACCAUCCUCAUCGGCAGCUUCUUCGCCCACCCAGAAUUCGCAAAGAAGUUCGGCGAUGGCAAAGAUAAUGAAGGCCGAGACCAGCUCUCCGCCCUCUGGCAAGCCGUCCUCGGCAACAGCAGCACCUUUGGCUGCAUCAUCGGCGUCAUCGCCAACGGCUUCCUCGUUGAGCGGUGCGGCCAAAAGACAGCCCUCAUCAGCUCUCUCUUCGUACUCUCCGGCUGCAUCUUCAUCACCUUCUUUGCAACCAAUAAGACCAUGCUCAUGCUUGGUCAGAUCGCGUGCGGCCUGCCCUGGGGCGUCUUCGCAUCCUCAGCACCCGCGUAUGCGUCUGAGGUCUUGCCGUUGACGCUGCGGGUGUAUCUGACUACGUGGACCAAUAUGUGCUUCAUCAUCGGCCAGCUCAUGUCCGCGGCCGUGCUCGCGGGGCUACUGCCGCGGAAAGACGAGUGGUCCUAUCGAAUUCCGUUCGCAUUACAAUGGUCCUGGCCAGUACUGCUUAUCCCGCUGCUGGUAUUUGCUCCGGAGUCCCCAUGGCAUCUUGUCAGGACCGGCCAGCUCGACAAGGCGGAGAAGGCAUUGUUACGUCUCCAAAGGCGAAAAGUUAACAACCUAGACGCCAAAGUCCGUCUACGUGAAAUCAUAGAAACCGAUAGAAUGGAGCAGGAGCACCAGACAGGAACAACCUACUGGGACUGCUUCCGCGGCGUCGAACGUCGCCGCACAGAGAUCGCAUGCGUAGCAUUCGCAGGCCAAGUCCUCUCCGGCUCGAGCUUCGCCUACAACUCAGUAUACUUCUUUCAGCAAGCCGGACUGAACCCGCAAGAUGAUUAUAACCUCAAUGUCGGCGGUACCGCGCUAGCUCUGGUGGGAACCGUCGUCAAUUGGGUCGCGCUGAUGCCGUACUUUGGCCGUCGUCGUAUCUAUCUCUGGGGCAUGUUUAGCAUGUCCACUAUACUCUUCAUCAUCGGCGUCCUCGACAGGAUAGGCCGGUUGCCGAAUGCACCAUCGUCACCCAUAGGCUGGGUCCAAGCCUGUCUUACCCUGGUGUGGACUUUUAUCUUCCAGCUAUCGGUCGGUCAGCUUGGGUGGGCUAUCCCAGCCGAGGUUGGAUCUACGCGUCUACGGCAGAAGACCAUUUGUGUCGCGAGGUCUACCUAUUAUGUGAUGAAUCUACUGGCAAACGCCUUCCAGCCAUUUUUUAUCAAUCCGAACGCGUUGAAUCUCAAGGGUACUACGGGUUUCGUCUGGGGAACCUCGGCGUUUCUCACAUUUGUGUGGGCAUUUUUCCGGCUGCCGGAAACAAAGGGGCGCACGUACGAGGAGCUGGAUUAUCUCUUUCACAACAAUACCGCGACGAGGCAGUUUGACAAGACGGAGGUGGAUGUUUUUGAAGGAGGCUAUGAGAAAGUGUCACCACCUAACUCUCGAUGA